CCGCAAAACAACUGAACCAAACCCAUGGAGUUUUCAUGUUGCUUAACUUGCCAUGUCUUCCUAGGCCUUAAAUAUACAAAACCAAAGUUUAAAUUGUUUGAAAAGAAGCUGCUGUCAGAGUUACCCGAAGUUGAUGGGAGCGGCCUCUUCAGUUUUUGACGAGCUGUUUAGUGCUGGCGUUUGUGGGCCUUGUUUGUGUGUGUGUGUGUGUGUGUGUUACCAGCUCCAGGGGGGACAGUAGGGACCUCAGUGGAGGGAGGAGCAGGCGACAGGCUUGGCCUGAGGGGCACAUCAGAACUGCUGAAGAACUCGGCAGAGUUGUUCCAGGAAGGGAGCUCCGUGAGGGAAAGAAGUUAUUCUCUCUCUUUCUCUCUUUUGAGCAAAACCCAUAUUUAACACUGCAAAAGUAGGAGACGUCAAAUGUAGCUUCUUUCAGGAAAAAAACGGUUUCCGAAAGAGACAAACAACAAAAUGAACAAUCCAGCUAUUAAGAGAAUAACAAACAAAAUUAUAAAAUCACCUGAGGAUAAACGAGAAUAUCGUGGACUGGAAUUGGCAAAUGGCAUUAAAGCUCUUCUCAUUAGUGACCCCACCACAGACAAGUCUUCAGCAGCGCUUGAUGUACACAUAGGAUCGUUGUCUGAUCCUCCCAACAUUGCUGGGCUUAGUCAUUUUUGUGAGCAUAUGCUGUUCCUGGGAACCAAGAAAUAUCCAAAAGAGAAUGAGUAUAGCCAAUUUCUUAGUGAGCAUGCCGGGAGCUCAAAUGCUUUCACAAGCGGAGAACAUACCAACUAUUACUUCGAUGUGUCACAUGAACAUCUAGAAGGUGCACUAGACAGAUUUGCCCAGUUUUUCCUGUGCCCUUUGUUUGAUGAAAGCUGCAAAGACAGGGAAGUGAAUGCUGUUGAUUCUGAGCACGAGAAGAAUCUGAUGAAUGAUGCCUGGAGGUUGUUUCAAUUGGAGAAAGCUACUGGAAACCCCAAUCAUCCCUUCAGUAAAUUUGGAACAGGGAACAAACUCACUCUGGAAACUAGACCAACCAAAGAAGGAAUAGAUGUAAGACAAGAGCUAUUGAAGUUCCAUUCUACUUAUUAUUCAUCAAAUUUAAUGGCUAUUUGUGUCUUAGGAAGAGAGUCCUUGGAUGAACUGACCUGUUUAGUGGUAAAGUUAUUUUCAGAAGUAGAGAAUAAAAAUGUCCCUAUACCAGAGUUUCCUGAACAUCCUUUCCAAGAAGAACAUCUUCGGCAACUUUACAAAGUGGUACCUAUUAAGGACAUUAGAAAUCUUUAUGUCACAUUUCCUAUACCAGACCUUCAGAAGUACUAUAAAUCAAACCCUGGCCAUUACCUUGGUCACCUGAUUGGGCACGAAGGCCCGGGGAGUCUUUUAUCAGAGCUUAAAGCCAAAGGAUGGGUAAAUACUCUUGUUGGAGGACAGAAGGAAGGUGCAAGAGGUUUCAUGUUUUUCAUCAUUAAUGUGGACUUGACAGAGGAAGGACUUCUGCACGUUGAAGAUAUUAUUUUGCACAUGUUUCAGUAUAUUCAAAAACUACGUACAGAAGGACCUCAAGAAUGGGUUUUCCAAGAGUGCAAGGAUCUAAAUGCUGUGGCCUUCAGAUUUAAAGAUAAAGAACGACCACGAGGUUACACAUCAAAGCUUGCAGGAAUGUUGCAUUAUUAUCCUAUAGAAGAAGUUUUGGCUGCUGAAUAUUUGCUUGAAGAAUUCAGGCCUGAUUUAAUAGAGAUGGUACUGGAUAAAUUGAGACCAGAAAAUGUUCGAGUUGCAAUAGUUUCCAAGUCUUUUGAAGGGAAAACUGAUCGCACAGAAGACUGGUAUGGAACGCAAUACAAGCAAGAAGCAAUUUCUGAUGAAGUCAUUAAGAAAUGGCAAAAUGCUGACCUGAACGGGAAAUUUAAGCUUCCGAUGAAGAAUGAGUUCAUUCCUACUAACUUUGAGAUUUUGCCAUUGGAAAAAGAUGCGACACAGUACCCUGCCCUUGUCAAGGACACUGCUAUGAGCAAACUGUGGUUCAAGCAAGAUGACAAAUUUUUUUUGCCAAAAGCUUGUCUCAACUUUGAGUUUUUCAGCCCAUUUGCUUACGUGGAUCCCUUGCAUUGUAACAUGGCCUAUUUGUACCUUGAACUACUCAAAGACUCCCUCAACGAGUAUGCAUAUGCAGCAGAACUAGCUGGCUUGAACUAUGAUCUCCAAAAUACCAUCUAUGGGAUGUAUCUUUCUGUAAAAGGUUAUAAUGACAAGCAACAUAUCUUGCUCAAGAAGAUCAUUGAGAAAAUGGCUACUUUUGAGAUUGAUGAAAAAAGAUUUGAAAUUAUCAAGGAAGCGUACAUGAGAUCACUUAACAACUUCAGGGCUGAACAGCCUCACCAGCACGCAAUGUAUUAUCUCCGACUCCUGAUGACAGAAGUUGCUUGGACCAAAGAUGAAUUAAAAGAAGCUCUAGAUGAUGUCACUCUUCCCCGCCUCAAAGCCUUUAUAGCUCAACUGUUGUCACGGUUACACAUUGAAGCUCUUCUCCAUGGCAAUAUAACAAAACAGGCUGCGUUAGGAAUUAUGCAGAUGGUUGAGGACACUCUCAUUGAGCACGCUCAUACAAAGCCGCUGCUUCCCAGUCAGCUAGUGAGAUACAGAGAAGUGCAGCUUCCUGACAGAGGUUGGUUUGUAUAUCAACAGAGAAAUGAAGUUCAUAACAAUUGUGGCAUUGAAAUAUAUUACCAGACAGACAUGCAGAGCACUUCUGAGAACAUGUUUUUGGAGCUCUUUUGUCAAAUUAUCUCGGAACCCUGCUUCAAUACUCUGCGCACCAAGGAACAAUUAGGUUACAUUGUGUUCAGUGGUCCACGUCGGGCAAAUGGCAUACAAGGACUGCGAUUUAUUAUCCAAUCUGAAAAGCCACCACACUAUCUAGAAAGCAGAGUUGAAGCAUUCUUAAAAACUAUGGAGAAAUGCAUAGAAGAUAUGACAGAAGAGGCCUUCCAAAAACAUAUCCAAGCUUUAGCAAUUCGUCGUCUAGACAAACCAAAGAAGCUGUCUGCAGAAUGUGCUAAAUAUUGGGGAGAAAUCAUUUCCCAGCAGUAUAACUUUGACAGAGAUAACAUUGAAGUGGCUUAUCUGAAGACCCUGACCAAGGACGAUAUUAUACAGUUCUACAAGGUGCUGUUGGCAAUAGAUGCUCCCAGAAGACACAAGGUAUCAGUACAUGUCCUUGCAAGGGAAAUGGAUUCCUGCCCUGUUGUUGGAGAAUUUCCCUGCCAAAAUGACGUGAACCUGGCACCAGCACCACCACUACCACAGCCAAGUGUGAUUGAAAAUAUGACAGAAUUCAAGCGCAGUCUGCCGCUCUUUCCACUGGUGAAACCACAUAUCAAUUUCAUGGCUGCAAAACUGUGAAGAACCCCCAUGGAUGAAGAGAGGCAAAUGAUCAGUACUGACAUGGAUUCAGGGGACUUCAUGAGGAACAAAAUUAUUAAAGAUCGUUGGGAUGAAUGGUUCUGUUUGUUAUGAAAGUCCCAAAUUCCUUCUUGGUUCAUUUGAUAUUAGCUGUGUGUUAGGGAUAGAGACUAUAUCAAAAUCAGUUGUGGUCAUGUGUCAUUUAUAUUACAGACAACCUGUUGAAAACCAAAAUCAACUGAAACAAAAAUAAUAAUAAACUUGUAGAUGCAGUAUAUUUUUUAAAUAGUAUAUCCCUUCAAAUUUUCAUGUUGAUAAAAUAACCCUCCAGAGCAAACAGAAUUGCUUGAAAUAUACUUACUGUCCCUGAGAAACGCCAUUUAGUAUCCCAAUAAUUAUCUUAUUGGGAGCUGGAGGGGGUGAGACAAGUAGGUCCUUUUUUGGGUGGGGGUCAACAAUUUUUCUUAAAAAAAGAGACUUUCACAUUUUUUUGAUGUAACACAUUGAAUGAUACUUUUUUUAAUUGAUCCUUAAUGCAACCAACAUAUUUUCUAUUUAAGUUUUAUGAAGACUAGUGGGGGGAAAAAAGGAAAUUUAACAACACAGUCAUGAGAGGAUUAUCUUAGUGAGAAUAAUUGAGGAUACGGGCAUGAUUUUAAUCUUUCUAUACAAAUUUGGGGACAUUUUGUAUCAAAACUAGUAAAAUGCUGGAAACACUUUAAUAGUACAUCUUAAUUUUGUUAUCAAAAGUGUUGUCCCAGUCUCUUGAUACUGUCAACAUCCUGUUCAGUGUUUGUGUUACUGUGAAUUGUUUCCAUUUGGUAUACAAAAUACUUGAUUUGGUGACAUUUUUUGUUUUCAGUUGCGCAUGUACCGAUGAAGAACUCAGUCUGUUUUGCCUCAUUUGUUAUGUCAGGUCUUGGUCCAGCAAAGUACUUACUAGUGCACAUACCUUAAAGCACGUGUUAGUUCUUCACUCAAGAACAGACGAAUGUCAGAGACAGGCGCUGUGAUGAAUCGGCCACACUGGCUGCGUCUGUGAGGGCCCUUCUGGUCCCUCAGGAAGGCGUUUGGGACAGCACUGUGUGUGCAGUCCUGCACUAGUGCAGGGUGUGCUUCAGGUUACAUCACAAAAUGUUUAUUCCUACUUCUUUUAAGAGGGCUGCACAAAACCCAGCAGGAUCAAGAAGUAUAUUGAAGUACUAUAUGUAUAUAUAUUGCAUAAUUUAGUAAAAUGAUAAAACAAUAUAUGGUGUCUAAUCUUCACCAAGUUUGCUGUAGCUUUCUGCAGAGUGGUCUGGUGCGUGGGACAGCCCCCAAGUAGGAAAAGGUAAGGGAGCAUCUUACUAAGUUCUCCUACCUGUUUAAUACAUAAGGUUGAUUGUAAGUAUUCAGACGGGAUAGAGUAUGCAGAGCACUGAAGAUAUAAAAUCUGCUCAUCAGGAGUGUUACUGAGAGUUUUCUUUGUAUUAAAAGAACCUGAAGUUAAGGCCCUGACGUGACACACAUGGUGUCAUAUGCUGGAAUCCUGUUCUAUUCGAUGGGGCUGUUCUUGUCAGUGAAUCAAUGUUGUUAUGCUGGCUCUGAAGCCAAACUGAAUGAAUGCUUUGACAGGCCUUUAUAUUGUAUUUAUCUGAGGGUCUCUUCUAAUUGAAUAAAGACAGUGUAUUUAAAAGUUGUUUUAAAGGUUAACAGUAUGUGUUUCAACAUCUUUUUAAUAAUUUGAUGGUAGGUUGUGAUGUAACCUGUUGCCAGGGAAGGCCACUAGCAUUUUUUUGUAGUCUGAGGGAAAACAAAGGAUUAAUAUAAGCUAAAACAGUAGAGGUGUCUCUGUUCACCCUAUUUUUCAUGGAUCUUUCACAUAAAAUGUUCUCUUUACCCUCUUGCAUUUUGCUUUUGUUUAUAGUUUUCCUUUAGUAAAAAUAUUUGUAUUAUAUAUAUUAAAAGUUUUGACAACAUUAUAAAAAUAUAUAUUUUGGGAUUUUAGUAUUUAAACAUACCACUCUUACGGUGAAUAAAAUAAAAUGGCUUCUAUCGUAUGUAAAAAUAGAUAUAUAUAUUCAUGGAACUACUAUCAACUCUAAUUUUAACAAAUUAUAUAAAUAAAUUGGAAUGGCAGUGUGUUUAACACAAGCUCACAAAUCAUGUUUUCCAGAGGAAAAAUAUGUAGAAUUUCCAAGUUCUGUGAGUGGAUGUGGAAACCCUUGUAGUUUUGCAGCAACUCUUAAUUGCUUUUAAGUGUUCUCCAGCAUUUUAUAGUUUCUGAGUUUGAAUAGAGCAGUAAAUUUUUAUAAACUCAGGCAUACUAAUGGGUUCAUUUUAAUGGAUCCAAAGCUGCAGUGUCUACAAGCAAUAAAGAACUACCUAGAAUACACUGUAAUUCAAUUUUAGUGCUUGUUAAUUAGUUUAUGUAAGAAACCAUAAAUUAUUAUUACAUAACUGUAAUUUUUGCAAGUGCUAUUUUAAGCAGUUGAUGUGGAAUUGGGUGCAUGUGACACAGCCAGUAUGACAGAGUGCUAGAGUUAUUCUGUUUACAAUAAAAAACCUGAAUUUAA